CGGGAAUUAAAAUAAAGAAAAAAUAAGAUCUUUCAAUAAUUCUCCUGUAACUCUCUGAAUAUUUAGCUGCGAAACUUUGUAUAAUUCGUAUUUUAGGGCGCAUUCGAUAUUUUGCUCGUUUCUUUUCUGUGAAAUUUCUAGAUGUACCGGCAGUACAACACGUGCAUUGAAAAGUUCAUAUUGGAUUUAUGAAUGGAAUAGAUAGGAUCUUUAAGUUUACCACCUUCUAGUUGAUUAUCCUUGUUAAGAUGGAUACACAUAUGCAUUCUCUUUCACAAGUUUGUGUUAGGUUAUCAGCAUCUUUGAAAAGUAAGGAGAAGUCACAUUCAUUAAUUUGGAUUCCCUUCAAUUAAUUGCUGCUCACCAGACAUGUCGGACCAUCGCACUCAAGACAUUUUAUCCAUUUUGAGUCGGCUUGGGAAUUUGGAAGUCAAUUUGAGCAAGACUCCUGCUGGUUGAAACAUACUUUGUUUCUCUUUCCGAGAAAACGAAAUUUAGUCCUUCUAACCGUGAAAAUUUCUGAUAAGCUUCACACAAAUUCUUUAACAGAUCGUUGAGGACGAGUGCGCUGUAGCUUCACGUUGAAGGAUUUUUUUUUAAGUUCGCAGUAAUCUUUUCGACUUGGAAUUCAGUGUUCAAGAUUUUAAGUUCUUAUGCCAGUAACCUUGAGCUUGUCAAAAUCAGACAGUUAAGGCUUUUUAUAUAGCUUAGUUCAGAAAAUGUCCUAGGACUGACGCUUGAGGCAUCCCAGAAGCAUGAAAGCAAGGGCAAGAAGAAAUGGGGAGCGCUUUUGGCCUUCCCUUGUGGUUAAAAAAUGGUUAAAUAUCAAACCUAAAGGAGAUGAGUUUAGUGCAGAUGAACGAGAUAACGAAAAUGACUUUGAUGAUGAUGAUUCAAGCAUUACGAGAAAGGAGGUUAGCAACUGUGACGAUUGCAGCCAAUCUGUUUUUAGCUGUAAAACUUCAGGAACUUCAUCAGAUCCAUUGUCGCGGAGGCUUAGGAGGGGCAAAUCACAGACACUGCGAACACAGUACAUAGACACUAAAGAGAUAAAAAUUUCAGUGGGCACUUGGAAUGUUGCUGGUAGACUCCCGACAUUUGAUCUGGACAUUGGAGAGUGGUUAGAUAUUAAAGAGCCAGCAGAUGUAUAUGUUUUAGGGUUUCAAGAAGUGGUUCCCUUGAAUGCUGGUAAUGUAUUUGGUGCCGAAGAUAACAGUCCUAUAUCUGAAUGGGAAGCUCUUAUCCGUAAAACAUUGAACCAAGCAUCUAAAGAGAAACCCAUAUGCAAAAGCUAUAGUGCUCCUCCUUCACCAACUAGUAAAUUACCUGAUGCUUCUCAAACUCUUGUAGAUGAACUCCUGGCUGAUGAAGCAGAUCCAGUGAAUAAUGGAGAUAUAAAUUUCCUGUCACAAAGGCUUGAGGAAAAAAUUAGUGACAGUUUCUUGUUAUCUAGUGGUAAAUUUAAGAUGCGCAGAGUGCAGAGCAGUUCUGGAAUGAUAGGAUUGCACUGGCAAGACUCCUCUUUUCAUUCAGUAUCGCAUGAUUUAUCAUCUAAUGAAAAACCAUCUAGAAACCAUAGUAGUUUGGCUUCACCAGAGCAAUCAUUGGGAUCUGGGACAAAAGUUUGGUCAUCUAGUGGUUAUUUCAAGAGAGCCUACAGUUUUUCCGGAAAUCUUGGUUUGAUCUGGCCAGAGGCAUCAUUGGAUACAGAAGCACUUAAUUUAUCACCCAUGGUUGGUUCUUUGGAGAGACGUAAAGAAGAUAUAAAACAAUCCCUCAAGACAUUUGCGAGCACCAGCCUUGAAAUUACAAAUUUAUUUUCCAAAAGGCUCAGAACAAAAUACGUGCGUAUAGCAAGCAAGCAGAUGGUUGGAUUAUUUGUAACUGUUUGGGUACGAUGUAAUCUUAGGCAUCAUAUUCACAAUCUGAGAAUGUCACCUGUUGGGGUUGGGUUGAUGGGUUACAUGGGUAACAAGGGAUCAAUUUCAGUCAGCAUGUCCAUUUACCAAACAAAAUUAUGCCUUGUUUGUUCUCACUUGACAUCUGGCGAAAAGGAUGGGGACAAGUUACGGCGAAACUCUGAUGUGCUUGAAAUCUUGCGUCAAACUCAUUUUCAUUCUGCUGGAGUUGAACUGCCUGAGACCAUUAUGGAACAUGAUCAAGUAAUUUGGUUUGGAGACUUGAAUUAUCGCCUUGAUAAGGCAGAUGAUGAGAUUCGAAAACAUGUUACUGAGGAAAAAUGGGAAGCACUACUUUGCAGAGAUCAGUUAAAGAAAGAGCUGCAUAAAGGGUGCAUUUUCAGUGGAUGGCAUGAAGGGUCCAUAAACUUUGGCCCAACUUACAAAUAUGAAUUUAAUUCAGACAAAUACUUUGGUGAAAAUUCAAAGCAUGGGGACAGAAGACGGAGUCCUGCAUGGUGCGAUCGAAUUCUUUGGUUUGGGAUGGGCAUGAAGCAACUUUCAUACAAUCGAGUAGAAUUAAUGCUCUCAGACCAUCGUCCUGUGAAUUCAGUGUUCCUUGCAGAGGUAGAAAUAUUUAGCCAUAGAAAGCUCCAAAAGGCUUUGAAUUUUACAGAUGCAGAGCUAGAAGCUGAAGACUUUAUGCCUGAAACAGAAACUAAUGACAACUUAACAAUUUAAUGGCAUUGUACACAAUACUAGCUGGAUGGCACAAUGUACUAUCUGCAAAUGGUAUCUGGCAAAAUAUGGUUCUUGAUAAUGAAGGACCAGCAAUAAACAAUACAGUGGGAAGGUAAAACAGUCUGCAGGGCAUGUGUGUACUCCAUAGUUAAGGUCACAAGUUCAAAUCCAGUGUUGUGCACCUUGCUUAUAUAUAAGAUAAAUGAAAGCGAUCUGACUGAAUCUAAUCUCAUACACCAACUUGGUGCCUUGCUUGGAAGUGACCUAAAAUAAUACCUUGACCUUUAUAACAACACUUUCCUUUUCCUCUCUAUGUAUAUGUGUAAUUUUGUAAUGGCACACUUCUUAUCAAUAAGAGAAUCCAAAAUUUCAUGUUA